UAGAUUCUGGCUUUAGUCGCCACCGCACAUUCGCAGAUCUUACUCCUAUCGGCGUCGCGUCCUCAAUCAGCGCCGCCCUAGAAACCCUCUUAGAACCCUAAUUUAGAAAAAAAAACAUCCAAAAAUGAAUCAGAAGCUAUUCUAAUCUUCACCAGCUAUUAAAAAUGAAGCGCGUAUUUAAAUUAUCAGACGCAGUAGCAGCUCAAACAGAGCUACUUUCUCUUCACAAAUCAUCGCCAUCUUCAACAACCCAAACCCUAACUCCUUACAUAUUCACCCCCAUAAAGUCCCCAAUUUACAAAUUUUCCCGCGCACAGACUCACACUUCACGGCCGGUUACCUUUUUCCCGACCAUUAUUGGCCUUUUCUCUGAUAAAUUCGCCCCUGCUGAUCCUAUAGCCAGAGAGGAGUUGAGUAAAACGGUGUCGCAUUUACGGGAUGAAUUGGUUCAACAUGUUGAGGAUUUUGAUAAGGUUUUUAGGGUUUUGGAGGAGAAAGGUGAUCCAUUAUUUAGAAGGCACAGUGAUGGAUUUGCUUUAAUUGAAUUAUUACAGCAAUUGGCUUCAUUACCUCAUUUAGCUGCAGAGGUGUUUAAUUGGAGAAGAAAACAAGCGGAGUCGAGUAUUCCGAUGACACAAAAGGAGUAUGCAAAGGGUAUCGCCGUAGCCGGUAGGACUAAGAAUAUUGAUCUUGCGAUUGAGCUUUUUACGGAGGCUUGUAGCAAGGGUCUUAAGAGAAUUUGUGUAUAUAAUGCUCUGAUGGGUGCUUACAUGUACAAUGGUCACAGUGAUAAAUGCCGGUCUCUGUUUCUUGACAUGAAAAAGGAACCGAAUAUUGGUCCUUCGGUUGUAACGUAUAACAUUCUUAUAUCAGUUUUUGGUCGUUCAAUGCUGGUUGAUCACAUGGAGGCAACAUUUAGGGAGUUAACGGAUGUAAAUAUUUCACCAAAUGUGACUACAUUUAAUAAUUUAAUUGCUGGGUAUGUUACUGCUUGGAUGUGGGAUAGUAUGGAGAAAACGUUUCAAACGAUGAAGGAAGGUCCUGUUAAGCCUGAUCUUGACACCUACUUGCUAAUGCUUCGAGGUUAUGCUCAUUCUGGCAAUUUAGAAAAUAUGGAAGAGAUAUAUAAAUUGGUGAAAGAUCAUGUUAAUGUCGAUGAUAUACCAUUAAUCAGGGCUAUGAUAUGUGCAUAUUGUAAGAGUUCGGCCACUGAUAAACUUCAAAGGAUUGAAGAACUACUAAAGCUUAUCCCAGAAGAGGAGUAUAGACCUUGGUUAAAUGUUCUGUUGAUUAAGGUGUACGCAGAACAGGAUUUAUUAGCUUCGAUGGAGAAAUCAAUAGAUGAGGCAUUUAAGCACAACACAACUGUUACAACGGCUCGUAUGAUGCGGGUCAUCAUUGCAAGCUAUUUUAGAUGUAAUGCGGUAGACAGGCUUGCAGAUUUUGUAAAACGCGCUGAAGAUGCAGGAUGGAGAAUCUGCAGGUCUCUCUAUCAUUGUAAAAUGGUUAUGUAUGCAUCAGAGAAGCGCUUGGCUGAAAUGGAAAGUGUCCUCAAUGAUUUGGAGAAUUUCAACCUCGACCGCACAAAAAAGACAUUUGUAAUAAUGUAUAGGGCUUACUUAAUCUGUGGCCUGAAAUACAAGGUCGAUCAAGUAAGAGGUUUGAUGUACAAGUAUGGACAUGGGAUUCCUGAAGGUGUAUCUUCAUCAUAACAUACUCAAUUCAACUGCAUAUCUUAACACAUAGCUAAAUGAGUUCAGCUAUAUAUUUGUGUGGACGGUUCAUCAAAAUUUUAUAUGGUGCUCAGAAUUCCAGAAAUCUGCAGAAAGCUAUAACUGCGACGCAGCUGAGUGCUACAGCAAUUGGAACGGGAACUCUACAAGACAUGUAGGAUGAUCUGACAUUUUCUGCACGAUUCUAACCUGGCCUCUUCUAUACCUGAGCAAAUUUUGUUAUAUAAAAGGCCUGCAUUGGUUCUUGGAGACUGUAAUUUAUGCCGACAUAGCAAGAGAAUGAUACUAUUGCAUUGUCCUGAGAAGCCCAAUGUUACGGGGCCAUAUUAUUAGGAAUUAUGAAGAGACGAAUAACGACGACAACAAUGUCGUUGAAUACUCGGUCUUAUCUCUCAUGAACAAAUCCAGCUGGUGAGGCACAGCUGAAGCUGCGGCAGCAAGUUAAAAUUUUGGAGGUCACAAAUUGAUAAUGAAAGACUUCAUAUUUUGUCGAUGGCUAAAGUUGUUUUAUAGCAUAUGAUAUCCUAUAGGCUUAAAAUUCAUUCUUGAGGUACCAACUUAUAAUCAUCAAAUUUAUUGUAGUUUUGCUACCGUUAAUUUUCUAUAGGUGCUGUGUUGGAGAAUUGCCUGAAGUGAUUAAACGUCUUACAUACUUAA